CGGGCUGUUUCGCGCGCCGUGACGUGAGUGGUGAUUGGUGAGUCUUCAAUGCGAAUGAAAUUCCUAACAUAUGCUUCGAUUUCCCAAUGUUACCGUUUAUAAACCUUCUACUUAUUUUUUCAAUUUUUUCUUUUAUUUUUAUUGGGAUUAUGUUGUAUAUCAAAUCGGCUAUGAACUUUGGAUAACCACUGGCUUUGAUGCGAUGAUAAAUAAUUCAUCGAUUAGCGUGUUGCUCAUUUCAUCUUUCGUUUUGAUUUUCUCGUUCCAUGUUUUAGUUAGUUUUGUAGAGUUGUUAAAAUGUAGCGUUAUAUAUAUAUUUUUUGUUUUCUACAUAUUUUUCUUAGGUUGUUAAAAUGAGGUUUCAUAGAACAGAUGCGCAAUCAAUUUUGUCACAAAUUAAGCGCCAAGAGAAACAGAUUAAACUUAAGAGGAGGUGGUUAUUGGGAAUUCCUCCUUCAAAAUCUGAGAGGAAGAAGUUGAACAAAAUUUUUAAUAAUAGGUAUUUAUCUGAGUCAUUAAUAAGGGAAGAUGAUAUGUUUUAUGAGUCAAUAAGAACUCAUGUUGAAGAUGCUUUUGGAGCACAUUGUAUUGAACGAGAGAAUCAUGUCCCUCAGGAUGAUGAUACGCAUUUGAUGCAAAUGCCGAACAUGAAAAGGUUGAUAUCAUCAUGCCUCGAUAAUUUGACUACCAAGGGUCUCUACCUUCUUGCAAUGAUUGUUACUGGUGGUUCAGCCAAGUCUGAAAUAACUCGUUGCAAGUUGAAAAAGAUUAUAAAGGGUUCGCUUUCAAGUGUUGUGGGUAGCAAAAGCCAUAAUCAUCAUAAACUGGAAAUUCAUAAACAGAUAUUUUUACUUCUCAUCAAUCCACAGCAUUUCCGUGAUAUGGGUGAGACUUUGCCUGUGUUAAGAUCCCAAUCUUAUCAUGCUGCCAUCGCAAAUAUCUUGCGUGGACUUCAAAACUUGCCAUCUCAGACCUUGAUUGCAAUGCGUAGAAAACUUAAAGGAGUGAAAGCACCAAUACCUCACUUACAACCCCACAAACAUGGAUGGGCACGAGACCAUCUAAUCAAGCUAGUGAAGAAAAUCAGUAGGGAGAUGCUUUCACAUCUCGAUAGAGAAAAUGAGCCACAAGAGCCACUAGCCAAAGCCAUGGCAAUAGCAGACUUAUCACUAAAACUGACAACUGGUUGUCAUAAUAUAUUUUCAAAAGAAUUUUAUCAAUUUUCCCCUGAAGUAAAGUCCUUGCAAAGUGAUAUUAUGAAUGCUAUAUGGUCUAUUAAGAAAGUAGUAACAGUGCAAGAGCUUAGAAAAUUACAGCUUCUCAUAGAGCCAAAGGCUGUAAUAUCAAAUAGAUGCUUACGGACAGCAUUUGUGAGUUUUUUGACCGAGUUUCUUUUUGAGUGCGGUGACAUGGAUCACAUUCCUAAGUCUCUAUCACAGAUCCUAGAUGCUAUUAAUAAGAGUUCUAAUAGCAUCAUGGAUGAUGUAUUAUUCAAGAAGAAGACUAUUGAAGAAGAAGCUGACUGCAUACUAAACAUGAGUGCUUCAACAAAGCAAAUUGUUUUGGAUUUGUUGCCAGAUGAUCAAUUUGAUCAAGACUUUACUGAUGCUUAUAUGGAGCAAUUGGAAGAAAGUGAUGACAGUGGCAGUGAUGAGGAUGAGGAUGGUAGUCAAUCUCCGGAGGAUAUACAAUUCAGAAAGUAUGAAGCAGAAAGUAUUGGGGAUUUUGUGCCAUUUAAGUUCCAUCCAUCUACCAUUGCUGAGGAAAAUGUUUCAUCCUUCCAACAUACGACUAGUGAUAGGUUGAAUAGUGAUUCUGAACAGCUUCAACCUAAUAACUGUGGUACAGUAAAUUUGGAAUCCGAAGUUCACAACACUCCACGUAGCAUGAUUACUGACCAAUGCCAAGGAGAAAGCACGGAGCAAUUUUGUACAUUUAUGGCUGGCCAAAACAAUACCAAGUACAGUGCCUGCAAGAACCAAUACAUCACUACACAGGACGCAUGUGAUAAGACCAGUAUGCUUGCAUACAAUGUCAUAGGUCAUGUGUUGGAAGAGUUUGCCAAAAUUGAAGGCCUAGAUUUAAACUUGAGCAAAAGUUUAUACCUUAGUGGUGAUAAUCGAGUCAAAGAUGUGGAAGAUACAAAAGAACAAUCAUCAUCAGGGAAGCAUGCAAGAGCUUUUGUUCAAGUAAUUGAAGAGCUGAUUCCUUCCUUUCCAGAUAGUAGCAUGGAAAGAUUGAAGAUGUUGAUGGGCUUGUGAUGAUGGAACUCAGGCUUCAGGUUCGAACAGAAGAAAAUAUUUUGAAAUGGUUUUGCAUAUUAGGAUUAAGUUUACCCAAUUCUGAGUUUGAUAGCAAGAGCUUGGUCCACUUUCCUUGGAAGAAUUUAUUAAAUAUCAGUCUCAAUCAAUUCUUUGCUAUAUAACAGAUAUCGUCAUUGUAGAAGUCGAGAAAUGGGAAAAAAAAACCAAUAUGCUAUUGAGAAAAUGUUUCAACUUACAUAUAUCCUUUGUUUACUUACGAAUGCUGAAGUUGGCAGUGCAGUUAGCUCAAGAGCAGCAACACCUAUUUUCAACGGUGUUUGACCAACAAUAAUGUAAUAAUAAUUUUUUUUUCUUUUUUUUUGUGGGAGUACCGUGGAGAAGCAGGAAUUUGUAGUAUUUUCCUCUGCCAGCAAAUUUUGAAAGAAAAUGAUUUUUGUUUAUUUACCAUUUCAUCAUUGUUUUUUUCCAAGGACUGUCUUUUCACCCUCGGUAGUCUUUUUUCCCUUCAACUUUGUUUGAUCUUAAUCAUAGGUUUUGCUAGCCACCAUGUAUUUUUGGUCCUACCUGAUAUGCCUGUAAGAUAUAAUUCUCUUCACACUUGCUUUUUUCUUUCAUAUUGUUGUUUUGAAGGGUGGCUGCCUUUACGGCGCACAACUUGAGCUUGUGUAGUGGUGCAGCAAGAAUAUACCCUAUUAUUACAGGUUUAUUAUAUUUAUGUUCACUCCUUUUUAUUACUAGCUAAUCUCCCAAAAAUAUAUAAUUACAAAGUAGUCCUACAAUCCCCAAACUACAGCAUUCUCUAUCAAAAGAGGAGCACAAGUGAAGUACCAAUCCAUAAACGUGGCAAUUUCUCAUUUUCAUCUUCCAUCCAAGUAGCUCAUCGUAGCAUAUUGCCGAAGCAUCUUGUACCUUUUAAGAAACCUUGGACAUGACAACGCAGAUGAUUUAUUUUUUUUCCAUUCAAUUGUUUUUCCCACCGUAAGCUACUAGAACAAGUGGUAAGAAGAUUGAGUAGUUUAAGUGAAGUCUUUGCUAUUGGUUUAUCCGAACAACAACAAAAUGGAUUUGUACCCAGAAAAGGAACAGCACGUGCAAGUAGCACUUGAAAUUCAAAAUAAUACAUCUAUAGAAUCAGCAUCCAACGCGAGUCAGAGUAAAUGCUAGAAAGGUACAUGUAUUGCUAGUUUGUUUCUUACAAGAACACGCCAUUUACAGUAAAACAAACCAAUCUUAGCAAAACAUGCUGAACUUAAGUUCCAGCCUAUGCAUGACUUUCGCAGCUUCAGUAGCUUCAUUUGGAUUGCCAAAGCUGCUUCCCAAUUCCUUUUAUCACAUUUGGACUCACUCUAUAAGCAAAACAAAUCCACAUCAUUUGUUGGCGUCAUUUUCCCACACCCUAUCCCAAGAACCACUUGGAGCAGCUUUUGUUCCUUGAAUAUAGUCCUCAUUGUGUGGUGCAGGUAGUGGAAGUCCAUUUGGAUUUGGUGGGUGGUUAAUCUUCUUGGGCUUGGUUCUAAUUCCAAGCAACCGUAACACAAAUCUAGCUAGCUCUCCAUACAAUAAACCAGAGCGAUCAAAAAGCUGCCAAGAGAUCAAGUAACCACUUAUUAUUAAAAUAAUAUCCAUACUACUUGAAGGAGGGGAGGAGGGGAAUGGGCUAUCAGAUUUAGCAACAUUGCUCCGUGCAAAGAGAGAAAAAAAUAAAAAAUAGAAUGGCUAACCGCAAUAUAGAUUGAAGAAGAGUAACAUUUAUAUUCCUCCCUUGAGAAAUACUUGUGUUUCUUUUUU